UUUUCUUUUUUCUUCUUUCUUUCUUUCUCUCUUUCUCUCUCUCUUUCUUUCUUUCUUUCUUUCUUUCUUUCUUUCUUUCUUUCUUCCUUCCUUCCUUCCUUCCUUCCUUCCUUCCUCCCUUCCUUCCUAAAGAUUCACUAGCUAAAUUGUGUUCCAGGCUAUCUCCUCUGACUUCAUGUAAGGAAUUAUCAGUUAGAUAAGAAUUUCGUUAACUAAAUCAAAUACAGACUUGUUUUAAAUCUUGGCCACUACUCACCAUUUCCCCAAAUGCUUGUGCACUUCCCACCUCUGUGAUCUUGCUUCUGGGGACAAAUCAUGCCUGUGUGACUGUCUGCACUGUUACCAUAACGUGAGUCCUAUGACUCAGGAUGAGCCAGGGAUCCUUUGUGGUAAAUUUUUAUCCUUGCUUUGGACACUCCACCCUCACCUUCUCACUCUGCUUCUCUCACCCUGAUAUAGUGGUUGAAGAAUAAUAUGUGUUCAAAAUUCAGGGGUGUUUAUGCCAUAGAGCCUUUAGUGUGUAUCCCUACAUACAAGAUAUAAAACCUCUGAAAAGUCUUUAGUCUGAUGAUGACACAGACUGUUGGUUCAUAUAGCCUGGUGUUGUCACAAAACUCAGUUACCCAGUGUGAAACCUCAUGCUUUCCCUAAUCUGCCUCUGCUAUUGUGAGUUCACUUUCCAAAUUUGCCUUAAAGAGAAGACAGUAUCUUCUAAAGCUUCCAGCCCAGCCAAGAUGUCAUUGAGAGAUAUGAGACCACAGGAAUACUCAAAGCAGAACAAACAGAACUUGUAAGGGAGUUAACAAGGCAAAGUGACUUCUGUUCCUGAUGAACCUCCUCUGAGACAAUGGUGGCACCUUAGAACGGCCUCUCAGCCUUCAAGGGCCCAUGCCAUAGCCAAAGGAUCACCUGUGGAAUCUGUUUUCCACAUGGAAAAGUGGAGAGGCACAUGUCCUGGCUCAAUCUCGGCUUGUUGGGAAGCAGUCAGCUAUGAGGCUUCAUUAUCUGCUAUUUGUUUUCCUCAUCUUGUUCUUGGUGCCUGCUCCAGGGGACACAUUCAUCCCAAAAAGCCUCCGAAGGUUUUUCUGCAGAGUAAGAGGCGGCCGGUGUGCCAUACUCAACUGCCUUGGAAAGGAAGAACAAAUAGGUCGAUGUUCUAACAGAGGUCAAAAAUGCUGCAGAAAGAAGAAGUAGACCCAGAUUGGAAACGAGAAUGUCGCCACGCAGGGUGAGGGUGGGGGAGGUCCUCCCAGAGAUGUAUUUAUAUAUAUGUAAAUUUAAAAAACCAGUAGCUUAA